CUGUGCGUGGUGCCGCUGCCUCUCCGCCAGAGCGAUCGUCCCAUCACCAUGCGCGGCAGACCGCCGAGCCUAUAACUCUGGAGGCCACUGCUCCAUCACUAACAUGGAGGCAAAGAAAGCAUCAGGAAGAAGACUGCGGACCAUCAGCCGGACCCAGUACGCGGAGAGCGACGAUCUGUCUGACGUGGACGACAUGGUCAGCAUCCGCGGCUUUAGUCUGGAGCAGAAGCUUAGCUGCAACCACUACCGGGGGGACUACGUGCAGGACAUGGACGGCAAAGAUUUUACAUAUGAAUAUGUUCAGAGAGAAGCACUUAAAGUUCCUCUUCUUUUUCGCACUAAGGAUGGAUUGGGUAUUAAGAUGCCUGAACACGAUUUCACGGUCAGAGAUGUGAAACUACUGGUGGGAAGCCGGCGCAUAGUGGAUGUGAUGGAUGUGAACACACAAAAGGCCACAGACAUGAGUAUGUCACAGUUUGUCCGAUACUACGAAACACCUGAAACUGAAAGGGAAAAACUAUACAAUGUGAUCAGCCUGGAGUUCAGCCACACCAAGCUAGAAAAAGUAGUCAAGCGGCCAGCUGUGGUGGAUGCUGUAGAUUGGGUGGAUAAUAUGUGGCCUCAGCAUUUAAAAGAAAAGCAAAAAUAUACAACAAAUGUGAUUUCUGAGAUGAAAUAUCCCAAAGUGAAAAAGUAUUGUUUGAUGAGCGUCAAGGGCUGUUUCACAGACUUUCAUAUUGAUUUUGGAGGGACGUCUGUUUGGUACCAUGUUUUACGCGGUGGAAAGGCAAGUCUAUGA